AAUGGUGUGUGGGUGACCAGCAGUCCCACAGAGCUGCAGCACCUGGCCCGGGACUCAGAGCCUGCGGGAGCUGCAGGCCCAGUGACUGCCCACGCCAACACAGAGGACAGCAGACAGUGACCAGGACGUGUGCUGUGCCACGCCUGGCACCUGUGCGGACCUUCAGAGCGCUGGCAGUGGUCCCUUGCUGCCUUCCAGAUGGUGCGCAAAUUUCUCCUGCGGCCAGCCCGAACCCAGAAUUGUCCAAGAACAGGAAUUUGGGGAAAUAUCCUUCCAGCCUUGCUGAGUUGAUACACUAGAAAACCACCACCGUUCAUCUUCUGUUAGCCUGGUACCCAUGUACCUCUCCUUACCACAGCGAACUUCCCAGUAAAGAACACAGCAAAAUCACAGUUCAGCACAGCAUCACGCAACCACUGUCUGCAUCACGGAAACUCCCUGACUCCCCCCGAGGACAGAGUCCAUUCAUCUGCUUUGGGGGUAUGGCCAUUCUCUCCUGGCUGAGUCACACUGUCCCCAUCGAGAGCCUGUAACUUAAAUGUUGAGAGCCACAGUUAGCUACUCUUAGCACUUAUUUUAGAUGGUUGGAGGAGGGAGAGGUAAAGAAAAGAAUUUGUUUAUCAUACACAAUAACUCACACCUAAUUCAGCCUUCACUCCUACCACCAGGCAGCGUCACAGCUGUAUGUAUGACCCCCUCCACCUCCCCUGUGCAGGUGGCACGGCUCCCGUGCAGCAGCAGCACAGGUGACAGUCUGGGCUGUUCUGUCUCAUUCAUGCCCACGGUGGCCUGUGACCAUGGUCCUCAAUGCCCCCUCCCACACUCUUCUUGGUGCAGGCUCGGCAUCCUUAGCAACAGUGUUACACAGGCCUAACCCGUCCUUGUCUCUCUGUCACUCCAUCUCAGCCCUUUCUCAACACUGUUACCAAAGUCCCCUCUCCAGGCAUGAAAACAUGUUUAAGUUUCCACUUCGACUUCCAGUCUUUCUUUUCCCCUCUUAGUAAUGGCUCUCUGUGAGGGAAUUAAGAUGCAAGCGUGACUACAGAGUACAAAUUAGAGCUCAGUUCUAGUGGGCAGAAUGUGAGUUCUGUUCUGUAGAAGGGCUGCCACUUCUGCCACUUUCGCUAAACUGUGCAACCAGUUGCUUCAGCCGAAGUUUCUCCUUAUCUGUCACUUGUCAUUGCUCAGGUGUUCAUUCCUCAAACGUGUUUCAAAAGCAAGUGCCUUCCAGAUGCAUCCAGGGUGGAGGGGACCCAGAGAGGAAUUGGACAGGGCCUCAAGGAGCUUGUGGGCCAGCAGGGCUGACGUUAGUAGUAACACUGACCAUCACUGGUGUCUGUUAGUCACUGUCCAUGCCAGCAUCCCUCCAGGGCUUCGUAGGUGUACUAUACGUUCACUUAACAGUUCUUCUUCCUGCAAAUACUUGUGUACUCGCCUGUGCCAGGUGCUUUGUACCUGCUGGGACGACCAUUUCCAAUAAGAUCACCCUCCCCUCGGGGGUCUUACGGCCUGAUGUGGGAGACAGACAGACAAACAGCAAUGACAGUGCCAUGGAACAGGCUUCAUGUUGGGUGGAAGCAACCAGGAGGGACGUUUCGCCUGGUGUCUUAGCUCGGGCAGCCACAACAAAAUACCACAGACUGAGUGACAAAGCAAUAGGAUUUACGUUCUCACAGUUCUGGAGGCAAGAGUCUGUGACCAGAGUGCAGCAUGGUCGGGUCUGGUGAGAGCUGUCCUCCCGGCUUACAGAUGCCACCUUCUCCGUGUCCUCACAUGGCAAAGAGAGCUCGAGAUCUCUCCCUCUUUCCGUCUUAAAAGGGCACCAGUCCUCUCAGAGUAGGACCCACUCACAUAACCUCAUUCAGCUUUUGUUAUCUUCAAAAAGCUCUCUCUCCAAACACAGCCACAUGGGGCCGGAGCCUCAGCGCGUGAAUAUUAUGACUCGGACGCGAUGAGUAGCUCAUACGAAUCAUAUGACGAGGAGGAGGAGGAUGGGAAGGGGAAGAAAACUCGGCACCAGUGGCCCUCGGAGGAGGCCUCCAUGGACCUGGUGAAGGACGCCAAGAUCUGUGCCUUCCUGCUGCGCAAGAAGCGCUUCGGACAGUGGACCAAGUUGCUCUGCGUCAUCAAAGACACCAAACUACUGUGCUAUAAAAGUUCCAAGGACCAGCAGCCACAGAUGGAACUGCCUCUCCCAGGCUGCAACAUCACGUAUAUCCCUAAAGAUGGCAAAAAGAAGAAGCAUGAGUUGAAAAUCACCCAGCAGGGCACAGACCCUCUUGUCCUUGCCGUGCAGAGCAAGGAGCAGGCCGAGCAGUGGCUGAAGGUGAUCAAAGAAGUCUACAGCGGCUGCAGCGGGCCCGUGGAUGCAGAGUGCCCCCCGCCCUCAAGUUCCCCGGUGCACAAGACAGAGCUGGAGAAGAAACUGUCCUCUGAGAGACCAAGCUCCGAUGGGGAGGGCAUCACAGAAAAUGGAGUCGCUGUGUGUAAUGGGAAGGAGCAAGUUAAGAGGAAAAAAAGUUCCAAAUCAGAGGGCAAGGGAACCGUAUCUAAAGUCACUGGGAAAAAGAUCACCAAGAUCAUUGGUUUGGGAAAGAAAAAGCCAUCGACUGAUGAGCAGACCUCUUCGGCUGAGGAAGACGUGCCCACCUGCGGCCACCUGAACGUGCUCUCCAACAACCGCUGGCGGGAACGCUGGUGCCGGGUCAAGGACAACAAGCUCAUUCUGCACAAGGACAGGACCGACCUGAAGACCCACAUCGCGUCCAUUCCUCUCCGUGGCUGCGAGGUGAUCCCAGGGUUGGACUCCAGACACCCUCUGACCUUCCGGCUCCUGCGCAAUGGGCAAGAGGUGGCCGUGUUGGAGGCGUCAUCUUCUGAGGACAUGGGCAGAUGGAUCGGGAUUCUGCUGGCGGAGACAGGCUCCUCCACAGACCCCGGGGCCUUGCACUACGACUACAUAGAUGUGGAGAUGUCUGCGAACGUCAUCCAGACGGCCAAGCAGACUUUCUGUUUCAUGAACAGGCGCGGCAUCUCUACCAACCCCUACCUAGGGGGCACCCCCAACGGCUACGCCCACCCCAGUGGGAUGGCUCUGCACUAUGAUGACGUCCCCUGCGUCAACGGCUCGCUGAAGGGUAAGAAGCCCCCACUAGCCUCCAAUGGAGUUACUGGCAAAGGCAAGACUCUGAGCAGUCAGCCAAAGAAGGCUGAGCCGGCCGCCGGCGUGAAGCGGACGCCUUCCAAUGCUGACCAGUACAAAUAUGGCAAGAACCGGGUUGAGGCAGAUGCCAAGCGGCUGCAGACCAAGGAAGAGGAGCUACUGAGGCGGAAGGAAGCGCUGCGGACCAGGCUGGCCCAGCUCCGGAAAGAAAGGAGGGACCUGCGAGCCGCCAUUGACGUGAAUGCUGGCAGGAAGAGCCAGCUGAUCCUGGAGGAGAAGCUGAAGGCGCUGGAGGAGGAGUGCAGGCAGAAGGAGUCGGAGCGGGUCAACCUGGAGCUGGAGCUGACGGAGGUCAAGGAGAGCCUCAGGAAAGCCCUGGCCGGUGGGAUCACUCUGGGGCUGGCCAUUGAGCCCCGGUCGGGGACCUCUAGUCCACAGUCCCCAGUGUGCAGGCACCGGGCUCUGGAGAACUCGCCCCUGUCCAGCUGUGAGACAAGUGACGCCGAGGGGCCCGUGCCUGUAAACAGCGCCGCUGUCCUGAAGAAGAGCCAACCGGCCGGCAGCUCCCCCUGCCGGGGGCACGUGCUCCGGAAGGCCAAGGAGUGGGAGCUGAAGAAUGGGACGUAGAUCGUGGACGUCGCCAAGAGGACACGGCUGUGGGCUCCCAGCAGGAUGCCCGGCUGUGCCCCAGACCCUCAUGUAUUUUUCUACUGUAUAUGGUGCCCUGUAAAGACAUGUACCUGGAACACUUGGCUUCCCAGUUGGUUUGUUGAGAGGCAGAGGUAUGAGAGGGGAUGUAAGACCGUCCGCUGGCCAGUGGGGGAGUCACGGCUUUUCACCCACUCAGUGCCAGCCAGCCAGCCGCAGACUGGGGUAAGCCAGGCGAGCCGGGUCUGCCUGGUGUGGGAAAGCAGGCCCAGGGCUCCGUGCAGCCUCUCCUGUGGAUGACCAUUGGCCAGAAGGUGGGAGUUUUUUAGCUGCGAUGGGAACAGCAUGCACUGGUGUCUCUGUGUCCCCUCCCCAUCUGCCUGUCCCUGUCCCUGAAGGUAGAGGCCUGAGGAAUUGUGUUGUGUUGUGUUUUUUACCUUUUAUAUAUUUUUUCUGGACAGAUGCUUUCGUCACAGGACAUGAAAAGCUGCCAUUCUUUUUAAACUUUUUAAAUUUUCUAUUGUGUGUUGCACUUAGCUCUUGGGGUUUCUCAGAGAUUCUGUACCUAUUUUAUUAAGUAUUUGUACUGCUUUGAAAGGCAUCGAGAGUUUCCGAUACCUCGCCCAUGUGUGUCCCCCCUUCUCAGUGUCCACCGUCCAUGCACCAGGCACGGUUAUAGAACCACAGCAUGUAGAGCAGGAGAAGACCCUCUAGAGCUUCAGCCCCCCCCCAAAACUUCCGCCCUCCCAUGACCACGGCUGUGGACUCAGGCCUUCUCCUCUCAGGGCACAUAGGCUUGUAGGACCUCUUCAUCACUGUCUUGUCUGCCUCCUGCAUGGUGGUCUUGGGUGACCAGGUGCUAAGGCACGGGACAGAGCUGGCUUGUACGCUGCGGGCCUCAGACCAGGCUCAGGCCUCCAUCUCCAGGGGCCCUCUCAGGAAUCUGUUGAGAAGAUGCAGCCAUCCCAGAGCCCUCUGCAGACAGAUCCCCACAUGGGAGGGGUUCUUUCUACCAAAACCUGGAGCUGUGGUGGGCCUGCAGGGGACACAGGCCUUUCCUGCCACCCAGAGGUUCUCAUCACGUGGGGACAGACAGCAGUGAAGCAGUGGCCCCUCUCAUGCAUGCUGGGCUGCUAGGGCCAGGGUGGAUGCUUCGUGUUGGGCUGUGGUGGCCGUGACUGGCUGGGCAGGAAGCCAGUCUCUGCGUGAGGAGGUUCCACAGCUGGACCUGGAAGCUGUUUAACUGGACUCACCUGGAACCUGAGCUCACUGCACAGCCACCUGCGGGAGUGUCUGUGGGUCAUGAUCUGUCACCUCGCCCUGGCCCUCUGACCUCCUUCCCACGUAGCAAGGUAACCCCAGGGUGUCUGGGCAGGACACUGGAGGGAGGGCCUGUUCUGUCUGUCCACAGAGGGAGCUGGACCACGGUGCCUCAUGGUGCCUCGAGCAGCUAACUUCCCGUGGAGGGAAACGCUGGCUCCUCCACCUUCACUGCCUCCAGUCAGGUACAGUCUCCAGUUACGGCUUUGGCCGUGGUGUUUUCAGCUGCCUUUGCCCAAGAGAACUGCCAGGUUCGCCUGUUACUAGGCAGGAGGCCCUGGGCAGCCUGUACUCUUGACCUCAGCCCAGCAGGGUGGGCAGCGCCACCUUGGCUGCUGGACGGCACCUCACCGUGGCCAUGGGUUGUGGCCAUGGGUCGGUGGUCCAGGCCCUCAGACUCCUGUGGACACACAGUGUUUGUAAAGCCCCAGUUUUAAUCCACUUUCAUAACCAUGAGAUGAGCCAGAGCCAGGGAAACGGUCUUGAGGACGGGCUGCUGGCGCCCACGGAUAGCGUGUGUCCCUCCGUGUCCUUAGAUUUGAUCGGAAACCAGUUUAAAGCGUUUGCUUCAAAGUAAGUUAUUUAUUUGUAUAUGUUCAAUAAAUAUAGUUUUUAAUUUAUAUCUGUACAUAUUAGACACACGCUAGGCAUCUAGUCAGAUGGGGCAGAAGUCAUAUUCCCCUGGGAGAAGUCAGGUUCCUUUGAAAUGUCACCUGUUCCUUUCACAGACAGUCCUGUUCACAGAGUGCUGGCCACCUCCCCGGGGUCCUGGCAAAAAUGAGAGGGCUGGGGGCCACACAGGGCCUGGGUGAGGCCGCCCUCGGCACUCAGGCCCUUCCUUCUGCUGGAGCCCGAAGCCCGGAGCCACUGUCAGCCCAGGGCUCUGCUUCCAGCUUCGUUUUCAUGAAGUGCCAACCACCUUCAGAAUUCCAUCCACUUUUGUGUUUCUAGUCUUUUACUCGCUCACCAACCUUUGCCCAGAAGCGAAGUGGUGGUGAAGGGCUCUCCUCGUCACUGACAACACAGGUGGAGGUGGGUGCAUCCCCUCUGCCCUGCAUCCCGCCUGUGUGGCUUCAGGAUGGCUCUACUGCAGGUGACCAGGCAGGCUUGGGGUGAACGUCCCCCAUGCCAGACUCCAGGGCAAGGCCUCUCCCACUGCCGUCUCUCCUAGCUCAUCUUUUGGGGCUACUCUGGCAACCUCAGACACCCGUAGGUGCAGAGCCAGCUCAUCCCCAACGUUGGUGCACCUCACCCGUCUCCCUGUCCCUGAGGCGUUCCUGGCUGUUUCUGAAAACCCAACCACUCAGUAAAGUCUGUUUCAAAUCGUGUCCGGGCCUGAAGGCCACCCCCAGGAGGGAGCUUCAGGCUCGGUCGUCAGGGUAGCAGUCAGAACUUGUGUGAGGUUUCCACGGGGACAGCGGUGAAGCCAGGCGGCUGGGGCUGUGGGCAGGACGCAGUCGUCUGUGGCCACGUCUUUUCUUUCCAGAGGAGUGUCAACUGUCAUCAGGCUUCAUGCACCAAGCCGUGGGACAGGACCUCCCAGGGUGGGCAGCGGCCGGGCCACCCGGCAGGGCGCUCCUCCCUUCCUGUGAAGGCCUCGGCAGCACUAAGUGCCCCGCUGUUGUCCUCUUUUCUAACACAGUGUUUAAUGAGAGAAAUAAUUUCAAAUCGUGGCAUAGUUUUAAAGAGGGUGAUGAUUGUUAUUUUUUGUACCUGCUGUUGCUGUCUCAUGAUCGUCCCCGCAGUGGGCUGGGCUGAUACUGUGAAAUAAACUGAAUGAACUAAAGUCUCAUGCCACACGCCUGACCCAGCAUCACGAGGAAGCGGAGCCGCCUGUCCGUGAGCCCAGCAGGGCGGUGGCACACGGAGCCGCACUGGCUCCAGUCGUGUUCGUCCAGUGCUGUCGCCACGGAAGGUGGUUUCACGCUGGGGUCGUCCGGUCAUAGCUCUUAGGGGCCAGUGGUGUUGUUAGUAAGAUAACCUUUAUCUCAUUUUCAAUCAGGAAGGACUGUUUAAAUUUUCAUGCCAGCUUCUAAAUUACAGAUCUGCAGCAUUGACUGACCAUGGCUGUAAAAUGUUUCCAUAGUAAGAAUGUAAUUAUUUCCUUAUUGUAUUUUUAAAAACUAAAGUCCUAUUUAAGAUUCUCUGUGAAAGGAGCAGGCAGGAAACGGAAGAUUUUUUUUAAUGAAUCUCUUUUUUAAUGAAAUGUGUUGGCAGUGCCCAUUUUAAAUGACUGUAAAUAUGUUUUCACUGUUUCUCAAUGUAUUUAAUUCAUAAAGUGAAAGAUUUUAUCAGAAGACACUUGCAGCGGAAACGUCAGUUUCAGCCCAUUUGCCCGUUUUGUAGUCGCCUCACUUGAAUUUCUUUACUAAGAGAUUUUCUACUGUCUCACAGUGUAGCCCCGACGGGCGCCUGCGGCGUGACUGUGUAUUAUCAAUAAAACUACUCCAGCCAGG